GCUACUUUUGUAACAGGAUAUCAAAGGGUGUUCUUGAUACAUCUACAUUUCAUCAACUGACCACAGCGUGGUUUUGUGGGCUUGGUUUGUCCAUUCUGGUCUACUGCAGAAACAUGCUGGUGCAACAUGGUGGACUCUGGACGAGGACCCGCUCUCUGUGUAUAUAUUAAUUCUCAUUUGCUCAUUCUAAGAGAGACAGUACUUGAAUCUUCACCAUGGAAACGAUUGCGACUGCUGCAGCCACGCCCCUUUGCAGACGUCCCGCGCCAGGCGGUGCACUUCCUGGUUACUCUACUCUGCAUGUUGUUGAACUAUUGAUUAGGAAUGGUACAGUUUCUUCUGCGACGACACUGGAUCGGCAGGAUUCGUCUAGCGCUCACUUUCCUCGGACUCCCGUACACCGUCUGCUCGCCCGGACUAAGUUUAUGACAGAGGAUGCUCUCAUCCCUUGAGGGGGAAGGCUUCUCCAUAAUUUGCUGAAGGUCCAGGAGGGUGAGGAGUGCAUGUGUGGUGGUGACGUGACCACGCUGCUGCAGGGAAGGCAUUUUCACAUCUCAUAUUUCCUCCCCAGCAGGCCUGCCAUCUCCUGCUUAUCUACGCAUCCUAUCAGAACUAGUCAAACCGUUAGACCUAUUAGUACCGGUUGGUGUAACCUCUUCAUUACCAGUGUCGGGACAAUGCCAUCCUCAGCAGCACCUCAUGUCAAGUCCAGAUGCCCCGAGUAUCCAGGGUCCAAAAUCCAGCGCUUCCCAGUGCCUGAUGACAAGGUGGACUGGAGUCAGGACUGGCCACAGUAUAAUCCAGUCAUCUACACUGACCCUUUAGUAGUAAAGAAGCCAGUAUGGGCCGAUCCUGAUAUAGACGCUUUCUCUCCACAGUUCAACACUGUGGAUGGUGCCGUGGACAGGACAAGCUUUGAGGGCAGCUACAAAAUCGAAAACGGAAGGCCACUAAAUCCACAUGGGCGCACAGGGUUGUCUGGAAGAGGUUUGCUGGGACGAUGGGGACCCAAUCAUGCAGCAGAUCCCAUUGUUACCAGAUGGAAAGUAGAUGGUGAAGGAGAAAAGGUACAACACUCGGAGUCCAAACAGCCUAUCCUGCAAUUUGUGUCCAUAAAGAGGAAAGACUGUGGGGAGUGGGCCAUUCCUGGGGGGAUGGUAGAUCCAGGGGAGCAGGUCUCUCUCACGCUGCAACGGGAGUUCUCGGAAGAAGCCUUGAACUCACUGGCUGUCCCGCCAUCAGAGAGAGCAGAAAUCCACAAGCGCAUCACCGAACUCUUUAAAUCGGCAGGGUUUGAGGUUUAUAAAGGCUACGUGGAUGAUCCUAGAAACACUGACAAUGCUUGGAUGGAGACAGUCGCUGUUAACUUCCAUGAUGACUCAGGCAACAGUGUGAGCGAGCUGCCGCUGCAAGCUGGCGAUGACGCAGGCCAAGUCCAGUGGGUUGAUGUUGACUCGUCCUUCCCGCUUUAUGCGAGUCACUCCCAUUUCCUAGAGCUGGUUGCCAAAGAGAGGAAAGCUCACUGGUGACCAAGGACAGACUUAAAUAGAUUGACAUAAUCUGUGUCCUGUGAAUGCUUGUGCAUUUAGGACACAUGACACCUAACAUUUUAUGAAUCUUCCCUCACUAAUUUAAACAUAAUAAUCGUACUUGUAAAUGUAUAAUUGUGAAAGCCUAAUAUGCAUCUCACUAGUUUGACACUCAUAUGUAUGUCCACCAUUCAAUGUACAACAACAUUGUUACUGUGCUGUUUUUAGAGUAAUUUAGUAGAAGUUUUGUAAUGAAUGAAAGGUUGAAAAAGUGGCUCAUCCGAUGUUAAAAGGUGCGGAAUCAAAGUUUUCCAACAAUGCUAGAGCUGCUAUUCUUUUGUCACAGAAAAGGGGAAAAAAAGCUAACUGCUUGGCAGAAACCUAACAUGAGACUGUAAAAUGCAAGAUGCUGCUGGGUGGUAAACCACAUUAUUUGUGUUGGCACAAAUUAUGCUAAUUUAUUUAACGUUAACAAGGAUCACAUUAAGCCAGGGCGAUCACGGAAGAACAAACACAAUGAGCUGCUGAACACAACACAUACUACAUUAACUUAAGUGUGAUAAUGGAGGGGGGCAAUCAAAAUGAAAAAGUGCAGACUCACUUUGAUCUUUACAUGUGAAUAGAAUAUGAAGAAGUGCUGGAGCUCCCCACACUGCCCAGCAGUACACUGAAUCUGAGCAGCUGAGCUAGAGGACAAGCAUGUUUUCAAAUGGUAACGGACGGUGGAGGCAAAGGCCAUUUCACACUCAACAGCCUGCCCUUCCAAAAACGUUCACAUCGUUACGCGUCAUCUCACUGCCAAGCAUACUUUGCGAUACAGCAGGGAUGGAGAAUUACUCAUUAUCUGCCUGUAUCUGUUAGGAUUCUUGAUACAACCACUAACACAUGGACACUUCUGUCAUCAAAAGGCAGCCAUCAACAGUCAACCAAGCUGAAUUUAGUUUAAAAAAAGAGAGAGCUGCAAAAUCGUUUGUAUCUUACUUUGCAUGUUCUGGCUGAAUUAACAGAUUUCAUAAGAUGUGAUGUGUGAAGGAGGAGGUGCCACAAAUACUGGUAGCCCUAUUUAUUUGCUCUCAUCACUGCUCAGGCCACAACCUGCAUGACAUGAUUUUCAGUUGUAUUCGAGUAUGACACCAGCAGCUGUGUGUGGGGAGACUCUGCUGUUCAAACCUCACUAUAAUACAGUUGUACAUUAUAAGGCAUAAUCCUAAAGAUCUUCACACCUAAGAUGCACAUUCAUGGUAGUCUCCCAGUUCUCCAAGGCCACUUACCAGCUCCACUGGAGCAUUUGUUGCAGGAAGGGAGAGUAUUUCCCAUCCAGAUUCCCCCAGUGGUAUUAUUCAAAUUGGCAACCUGCCAGUCUCAAAACCUUCUAAUCUUUGCUUUCAAAGUUCUGAUUGAUUUUAUUAUUUUUCUGCCUAAUGUGGUUUUGGCUUGUUAUUGAAAGACAAAACUAAAUAAACAAUGGGAUGAGAGAGAGCUUUAUCACUGAGAUGCUGCACAACAGAAGUGAUCAAAUGAUUUUAACUGUAAUUAGAUUCAUUGUUAUGGCCAGUGUUUUGCUGGAUGGAUUGGAUUGUGUGUACAUGCUAUACCAUGAAAAUGAACCCAGAGGUGUCAACUUAAUAAACUUGCACUGACUAUCUUCAAAUUUUAUUUUAUUUUUUAUUAUUAAUUGAGUCACUUGAAAUUGUAAAUGAUUACAAGUGCUUGAUUUGUGCAUUUUUCCUCAUAGUGAUAAUUAUAAAUAUUAUGUAAAUAUUGAGAACUUAUGCACCAUUAAAUGCUACAAAACCAA